GUUGCGGCCGAGCUGCUGAACACACUCCGUGGACACUUCCCUGCUGCACCUUGCCCAUCCGCUGAGAUAAAAUGGAAGACUCCUACAAGGAUAGGACUUCACUGAUGAAGGGCGCCAAGGACAUUGCCAAAGAGGUGAAGAAGCAGACAGUGAAGAAGGUGAACCAGGCAGUGGACCGGGCCCAGGAUGAAUACACCCAGCGGUCCUACAGUCGUUUCCAGGAUGAAGAUGACGAUGAUGACUACUACCCACCUGGAGAAACCUACAGCGGGGAGGCCAAUGAUGAUGAAGGCUCCAGUGAGGCCACUGAGGGCCACGAUGAGGAAGAUGAGAUCUACGAAGGCGAGUACCAGGGCAUCCCCAGCACGAACCAAGGGAAGGACAGCAUAGUGUCCGUAGGACAGCCCAAGGGAGAUGAGUACAAGGACCGCAGAGAGCUGGAGUCAGAGAGGAGGGCUGAUGAGGAGGAGCUCGCCCAGCAGUAUGAGCUGAUAAUCCAAGAGUGUGGCCAUGGUCGUUUCCAGUGGGCCCUUUUCUUCGUCCUGGGCAUGGCUCUCAUGGCAGACGGCGUGGAGGUGUUUGUGGUGGGCUUCGUGUUACCCAGCGCGGAGACAGACCUAUGCAUACCGAAUUCAGGAUCUGGAUGGCUAGGCAGCAUAGUGUACCUCGGGAUGAUGGUGGGGGCAUUCUUCUGGGGAGGACUGGCAGACAAAGUGGGAAGGAAGCAGUCUCUUCUGAUUUGCAUGUCUGUCAACGGAUUCUUUGCCUUCCUUUCUUCAUUUGUCCAAGGUUACGGCUUCUUUCUCAUCUGUCGCUUGCUUUCUGGAUUCGGGAUUGGGGGCGCCAUUCCCACUGUGUUCUCCUACUUUGCUGAAGUCCUGGCCCGGGAGAAACGGGGUGAGCACCUCAGUUGGCUCUGCAUGUUCUGGAUGAUUGGCGGCGUCUAUGCUUCAGCCAUGGCCUGGGCUAUCAUUCCCCACUACGGGUGGAGCUUCAGCAUGGGCUCGGCCUACCAGUUCCACAGCUGGCGUGUCUUCGUCAUUGUCUGUGCCCUCCCGUGUGUGUCCUCUGUGGUGGCCCUCACCUUCAUGCCAGAAAGCCCUCGGUUCUUGCUGGAGGUGGGAAAACAUGAUGAAGCCUGGAUGAUUCUGAAGCUAAUUCAUGAUACCAACAUGAGAGCCCGGGGCCAGCCAGAGAAGGUCUUCACGGUGAAUAAAAUCAAGACUCCCAAACAAAUAGACGAGCUGAUUGAAAUCGAGAGCGACACCGGAACAUGGUACAGGAGGUGUUUUGUCCGGAUCCGCACAGAACUGUAUGGAAUUUGGUUGACUUUUAUGAGAUGCUUCAACUACCCAGUCAGGGAAAACACCAUAAAGCUUACGAUUGUUUGGUUCACCCUGUCCUUCGGGUACUACGGAUUGUCCGUUUGGUUCCCUGAUGUCAUCAAACAUCUCCAAUCCGACGAGUAUGCACUGCUAACUAGGAAUGUGCAAAAGGAUAAAUAUGCAAACUUCAGCAUCAACUUCACCAUGGAGAACCAGAUCCACACGGGAAUGGAGUACGACAACGGCAGAUUCCUUGGAGUCAAGUUCAAAUCGGUAACCUUCAAAGACUCAGUGUUUAAGUCCUGCACCUUUGACGACGUGACCUCAGUCAACACCUACUUCAAGAACUGCACGUUUAUUGAUACCCUUUUUGAUAACACAGAUUUUGAGCCCUAUAAAUUCAUAGACAGUGAAUUUCAAAACUGCUCAUUUCUUCACAACAAGACGGGAUGCCAGAUUACUUUUGACGAUGACUAUAGUGCCUACUGGAUUUACUUUGUCAACUUUCUUGGGACAUUGGCGGUGUUACCAGGAAAUAUCGUGUCUGCUCUCCUGAUGGACAGGAUCGGGCGCUUAACAAUGUUAGGUGGCUCCAUGGUGCUCUCGGGGAUCAGUUGCUUCUUCCUGUGGUUUGGCACCAGCGAAUCUAUGAUGAUAGGCAUGCUGUGCUUGUACAACGGGCUGACCAUCUCAGCGUGGAAUUCUCUCGAUGUUGUCACGGUGGAACUGUACCCCACAGACCGGAGAGCAACGGGCUUCGGCUUCUUGAACGCACUCUGUAAAGCAGCGGCCGUCCUGGGAAACUUAAUAUUUGGCUCCUUGGUCAGCAUCACCAAAGCAAUCCCCAUCCUGCUGGCUUCCACCGUGCUCGUGUGUGGAGGACUGGUGGGGCUGCGCCUGCCUGACACACGAACCCAGGUUCUGAUGUGACAAGACAAAAGCCAUUCCCUUCUCCCACCAUGGGUCGGUCCUAUUGCCUGACUCGGCUUCAGAGUUUUAUGUAUAGAAAGGUGGCCAAGUAUCAGAACACAAACUUUUGCUGUGACGUAACGUGUAGUUGUGUAUCGUCUUACCCCUCCAGUACGAUUUGCAGAGUUUUUUUUUCCCCCAUGCAUUGUUAUCUUUUCCUAACUGUGAUGUCCCUGCUUCCCAGUGCCUGUGGAAGUGUUCCUAAAAUGUCCCAGUCAGCCAGGCUCUCCCAAAAACUACAUUCACCAAGAGUCUCAAAAGCCUGUGCUGGCGUAAGAAAUAGACCCUGCGCCUGACACGCUGUUAACAGGAAGCUUAAGUUGGCAUAAUUGAGUUUGUUGUGCUGAGGAAAGGGAUUUCUUUUUCUUUCUUUCUUUUUUUUUUUUUUUUCAUACAGAGUGAUAUUUCCUGUUUACUUUUUUAAAAAGGACAGCCAGCCACUCUAGCUCUUACAGCACGGUGUUUCAAGAAAAUUGUGUGACACCAAGCACUUCUGGGCGGGGGCUCUUUCAGGCAGGACUAUUUAGGUGAUUUUGCUAACAAGAAAAAUUUAAAGUCUGUCCCCAGUUGGCAACAAAACCCUACUUGAGCUGCAGAAGGCAGAUUUUAGGUAGAAACUGGUAAGAAAUUCACAACCAACGCUAUUUGGAAAUGCAGAAGGGAACCCCUCUCAUACUGUCCCUUAAGAGUCAACACCACCCACCCUCCUUUGACUAACUGUCCACUGUCACUUUUUAGCCCAUGUCCUUCCAGUGUCCCCAGGCCGUGGGCUCCCAGCCUCGUGUCUGGACUGUUUCUGAGCCUGCCUGCUCUCCCAACCAACCCUCGGGCAGGCAGGACAGCAUUUCCUGGUGGGUGGAUAUCUGUUUUACCUCUGGAAUCUUCAUGAGCAUGGAAGGAGGGGUCAGCAGGACGUUCCCACGGGCCAGCUGUCUGCUAAAUGACCUUCUAGUCUCUUGCUGGGUGCCCCUCCCCCAGGCCCAUCCUUUUACACGUCUUUGAAAUCUGAAGCCUCCUUGUAGAUUUGCAGCCUGUGAUAACAACCAGCAUAAGGCCCAUAUUUAAACAGCGUUGUCUUUACAACUUGCCUCUGUCUUGUUGGAGGGUGAUCCUCUUUGCUUAGUUUAAGCUUUUCUUGCAUGACCACAGCCCCGGGGCUUCCAGAAAAAGGAAACUUCUGUUUCCACUAAUCAUUAUGUUCAGAGAUGGCCCAGCUCCCUGGAGGCCUCUCUGCCUCUCUUUCCCUAGCAUAUUCCCUGAUCCCUCCUGGAGCUCAAAUUCUGUGAAAAGCUCUUUGAUUAACAUAAGCCAUUAAUCCACUGUCCCCAUCAAGUAAUGCAGGCUUGGUGGAGGGGGGCAGCCCAGAGUUAAGAUGGGAAGCGACAGAAAGAAAGUGGUUCCCUGCAGAUAAUAUGAGUACUCCGAGCCUGGACAUCAAGGCUACGCCAGCAAGAUCUGCAGAGCUGACCAGAACAAGGGAAAUUUUCGAAGCAUGAUUGAUUUGAAAGGCACCAACAAGGCAGAGCCAGAACAGAACUCACUUCUGUUUCUCAUCCUGGGAAACAAACCUGUAUUUCAAAAGCCUAAGAAGGUACCUCUAUUCUUUCUCCUUGCAGGUUCAUUUCUCUCCCCUAUUUGCACCAGAAUUGUCUUCUUUAUGAAAAGUUAUGUUUUGAGGCUCAGAGCAGGUCUCUUAGGUGAACGUGGCAUGCAACAAAAUUGCUGCAAAAGUAAGAUAUAAAUCCCAUUCAAAAGAAAAACAUACAUAAUCAAAGGCGUUGCUCUCUCUACUCUGGUGUGGCAUGGUAGUGAUCUUACUGGUUAGUCUUUACUCUCAAACUGUCUCUGCUCUUUGUUUCAUAGUCUAGCUACAGCAAGUCCAUUCCAAACUGCAAGACAUAGGUAUUCAGAAUUUUAUCUGGACACUGGGUUGGGUCAGCAUGGGAUGACCCAACAGAACCUUCUUUAUAAGACCGUCUACCAUCUGCCUCCUUCAGAAGAACCAUUUCUGUCACUUGCCCCAUGCUUCCCAGGUGGCCCAAGAGGGAUCUCUUCUGUAAUCUCCUGGACAAUCAGUGGUCACAUACCUUCUAGGUCACCAUCUUUCCCACUUCCCACACAUCUCCCUCCGCCUCUUCACUGUGCGUGACCUUUACUCUCCAUGCCAGUGUCCUUGUUGUUUUUCAAACACGCGCCGUGUCUUGUUCAGGUAUAAUUAGAAGUUAAGAUACAACCAGGAGAUUUGACAGAAGCCCCAGUUAUAUGAGUGUCACGGGCCUUGACACCAGGGUGGACAUCGGCCAUCCCAUGUCAUUCAUGCACAGGAAAAGGAAAUUUAAAGCUGUUUCAAAAGUGAAACAGCUCCAUCUGUACCUGCAUUUUUGAACCUCCUUUUCUAACUAAAAUCCCCGCCAUUGCUCCUCAGAAUCAGUCCAGAAUUCUCCCGAGUUUUAUUAUCUCUGAAUCCUCUCAGUAGGAAAGAAAACAGAACAAACAAUAACAACAACUAACCAGCCGCUCUGACUGUGGCUUCUGUGAGACGCUCUAUCCUAUGUAUUGGGUCAUAAGUCUCUCACCCAGUCCUGCUUCCCGAUUCAUCUAAGACUAGAACUGACCCACGACCCAAGAGCAAUGGGUCUCAGAGGCCCAAGUUCCUUAACCAGGAAGAGAUCUUACUAAGAAGAAGGAACUUAAUCUUAGCCAAAGGGCCAAGAAUUAAGUCACUGGGCAUCCUGGUCCUCAGUUUCUCCAUCUAUAGAGAAAAAGAAUGGGUCUAUUUUAUUCCCUAAGAUUCUACAGGACUACCAUGAGAGUACCUUCAUCUGCUGAUGGAAGCCUACCUUACUUACAUUCAGCCUACCUGAAAGUAGAGAAUAAGCAAGUCUAUAAAGAGGGCGGGAGGUUUCUUGGGAAGACCUCAUACAAUAGGCUAGAGCAGUUGUCAUGUUGUCUAUGCCCACCCCCUGAAUUUUAAGUGCUUCUCACUUCAGAGCCAUUGUCAUCUACCCAGGGAAUCCACCCUGGAAGACACUGCAGCUGAACACUUGGGAGUGGACCACACACGGCUGUAUCCUAUCCUUCCCCCACCCAUCUACUGAACUGUUUUCUUGAAAUGCUGCCUUAAAUGGAUCUAGGCCAUCAGGAACAGUUCGUCUUAAUGAUUACACAUAAAUUGGUAGAUGGGCCCUCAUUUACAAAUCUCAUCCGAUCGGAGCUCAAGUUUGGACCAAAACCUCACUUGCUUUCAGAAUAUCUUAGGAGAUCAAGGAGGAGGAAGGGGUGUGAUGAGCAAGGGGGAGACCAGUGUUCCAUUGAUAACGUUCCAGCAAUGAGAUUAGCGCACCUGGGAGACAUUCUAAACUCUGGGAUUGUUUCCAGAGCAUUCCAUGGGAAUACUUUCUGCCAACCACAAUAAAAUAUGAUAUUCUCCAAUUUGUGUCUACUUUAUAUCAAAAAGCCUUUUCCUAGUUCUUCGUCAAGCUGCCUUACUUGUUCAUGUACAAAAGGCUUCGAAACCAGGAAUGCCUAGAUUUGACCUUCACCUGGAACUGUAGACAAUUAACAUAUUGUUUGAGGCCUGGUGGCUAUAGAUCAGGUUUCCUUUAAAUCCCAUAUUGUGCCAAACAUAGUUACCAACCACCCCAAACCGCACCCCCCACAUAGGCAUGCUGAGACAACAAACACACAUCUACAGAGUGGAGCACCCUGAAGUGGCCUCUGUGUUUCUUCACAUUUGUUUUCUGCUGAGCAAAGUGUCUAUUUUAGGUAAAAUUUCUCUUGUAAUCUGACAAAAGGAAGUUGUCAGGACCUCUUAGCCAUGUUGCACGCACUUUCCCUGUUUCAGGAAGCUGGCAGCUCUCCAUGUACUGUUCUGUGGCUUUCACUCUGGACCAUCCCAUUGCCCCUGUCAACAGUCUCUCACCAACCCCAUGCAAGCCAUCGAUCUCCAGGGCUUCCUUACACUUUUCUCAACACCCAGAUGUAGUUUACUAAGCCCAGCAUUUCGACCCACGGUGUACGCAGUCUGUGUUGGGUCACUGAUUAAACUGGUGGAGCUGGAUAGAGGAGAGAGUUGGGAAGAGUACACCAGUCUGUUCUUUCACAUGCUUUUGGGGCUAGUACCAGCUAAAGCUCGACCUCCAGUGUGCUAGGUGUUGAGGCAUUGGACUGUAUGCAGAUAUUUAACCCUUUGCAGUGUUCUUUGAGAACACAGAGCAGGGAAUGACAGACAAGACAGUCUCAUCUCUUUCGUUAAGCCUCUCUCUAUCAAUGUCUUAUAUUUCCAAGUUUUAAACAAGUUAUAAUCUACAACAAACAGGUAGUACAAGAACUGUGCAUGACAGGGGGUUACCUGAGACAGAACUCUCUGGGAACUGCCUCUGGGGAGUACUGAACAGUACUUAAAAAAAAAAAAAAAAAAAAACCACAUUCAUGUUUAUGUUUCUUUAAAUGGUCUCAACAGGAAAUUGCACUAAGAUGUAGAUCAAAGAAGAGACCUAGCAAAGAUAGCCCCGGUGCCUUUCUGGAAAUGUUUGUUUCUCCAGAGCUGUUCUUUACAGGGAGCUAGGCAGUAAGUGUGUCCCCUCUGGGCAUGCUAGAAGCUCUCUUUCCAGAGCCUCAGCAAGCCUCAGAGAUCUGAUCCAACCCUCCUGGGGGUGUUUCCUUCCUGAGAUUUGUGACCUUCUCUUGCCUCAGCAGAUAAGCCACCCAACAAACAGGUUGUGACCACAGAAGGCCAGGGAGUUUACAGGUUCCAGUUUGAAAUGGAUUGCAGGGUGAUUGCCACGUGUUUUUGAGGCUGCAAAGGAUCUUUGGGGUUCCAGAUCCUCCAAGGAAGCAGGGCAAAGAGAGAGUGUAGGCUCUGGGCUCCUUGUCUGUCUGUAUAAGUACCUACUCGGAGCCGAAGGCCAGAUGCUUAAACUACAGCCAUUGCCCAUCCUUGGCCUGCCCUACCAUAUUUGCAUGGCCCCUAGAGCUAAGAAAAUCAAGAACUUUCCGUCUUUGGCUCAAACUCAGAGAAGUUUUUACACCAAGCCAAAUAAAUACCUUCCCUGACAGCAAGGAGAUGGUGUCCCCAAGCAGCUCUCAGGUGCUCUGAGAAGGACUGCUCAGCCAGGACAUAAGGGAUGGGUGUCAUUUAAAUCCAGCCUUGGCUGGGAAUGGUCUCACCCUUGUUCUUAGAGCCAGUGGUUUAUGUUUCAGAAAUUUUGAAAGGCAGUCAAGAAAUGUAGCCAUCAUUACAAUUAAAUCCGUUAUAUUUUAAAGCUAUAUAUAUAUCCAAAACUCAUCACUUCCUACUUAUUUUCUACAUUUUUUUUUCUAUUAGCCAUGCCCUUGAGGAAAGUAUAAUAUACCUACUAUAUCUCUAUUUUGGAAGUACUGUAUAAUAGUGUCCUAUUGGAUGUUUUUUCCCAAUGACAGGGUCAGGGAUGUUAUGCUGAGUUCAUCCACAGCAGUACCAAUUAUAGGAUGGAAAGCAACAAACGCUACAAGUCAGACUUCUCCUACCCCUACAGAACCCCAGGCAUUGGUAAACAUUCGCCAACAUAUCACUAUCUGAAUCCCUGAAGAAUAUUUAGCUUCCCAUAACUCGGCUGUACCAUGCUUCACUAGCAUGCACAGGGCCCUGGGUUUGUUGGGGAAGGAGAUCGGACCUUCCAACAUAUUGAUCCAGGCCAGGUGGAGUUGAAUGUCCCCUUGGGCUUGUGAGUCAGCGUGACAUUACUCACGAGUUCAAGAGAAGGAAAGACUCAUGUCAAUACUCAAAGGCUCUUUCCUCAUUCAUGACCGGCUCAGACUAGGACCAGCCAUGCAGAGAACCCAUUAGCCUCUGGGUGUUGUUCUUUCAGGGAGGAUUUCAGUAAGUUAACUAUUUCACACACUUUCCCAAAUAUGGUUUUAUAGUCUCUGCCUGACCCAGGAAUACAUUGAAUGGACCAUGUGCUCUUAAUCAGGGUCUAGCUAAAGAAAAGCCCUAGAAGAGUUACACUUCCACCUCAGACAACCACCCCACCCUGCUUUUGGCAAUGCGAUCUUGGCAGUGGUCCUGUCCUUGGUUUCGGUGUAUGGGUGUUUGGCUUUGGUGUUUCUCUUUUCUAUAUUCAGUGCUCUGUCUGCUGUCCCACUGUUUAGUCCAGUACCCUGUUGUACUGUAUAUCUGUGCUGCAUGACCCUCAGUAACUCCCACGUCAGGUUCCUGGAGUCUCCCUGCUGUGAAUUCAUCUUUUUGGUAUUGCUCCUUGUGUCUCAUUUCUGAUUGCCAAAAUGUUGGGCCAAGUGCAUUUUCACUAAAUGUCCCAAGACAGCCAUGUGUAUCCUUGUGACAGGGCAUGCUCCGUGUGGGAUGGCUUGUGUGCAGCGUAAAUCUAUCACAUGUGGAAGUGUGUAUACAUUUAUAUGCCAGAUAACUAUCAUUCAUGUAACAGCUGCAAAGGUAUUUAAUGUACAUCAGAUUAAUAAAAGAGCAUUUUUUUGCUCCAUUAUAUUC